UGCAUUGGGACUGCUGGCGCGUGUGGGGGCCGAAAGACACUAGGCAGAACGGCUGUAGCUUCGUUCGGUUCACUAGUACUUUUUGAUUACUUUGCACGCGUGUUGACUCCAUCCAAGCUCUUUACCCAACAUGAACUUCUACUUCGAGGCUGCCAAGACGCUAGAUCGUCUGGAUGCUAAGCAAGGAUCCAUAAAGGGGGUCAUCGGUUCUUUGCCGGAGAAAGACAGGAAGCGCACGUCUGCUCUCGUCAUCGAGACGCUAAAGUACAAGUCGACCCUUGCCGAAGUCAUCAAGCAAUCAAAACUCCUUACCGAAGAGCGGAAGCUGACUUCUAUGAAUCUUGCGCUCGUCCUCGUCCACGACCUGUUGCUCGCCAAAGGCAUCCAAGCCGGAGACGGCCCCAUAAAGCAAGCAGUGCUACGGCACAAGACGCGACUGAACGGCGAGUUUACGAAGCUGAAGAUCAAACGGGGCGCCAAAUCCAACGCAGACCUCGCACAAUCGCAUGACGAACGCGCCCUGCGGAUACCUCGAUAUGUGAGGGUAAACACGCUUUUAUGGAGUACGGAUGAGGCCGCGAAAGCGUUCGUCUCUAGAGGCUACGUGGACAUUGACCCGUUCGAGAAUCCAAAGGGCUUCAAGCGCGACGCACACGUACCCGAUCUUCUCCUCUUCAACCCGUCUGCACGACUGCAAGACGACGAACUAUACAAGUCUGGCAAGAUCAUCCUCCAAGAUAAAGCCUCUUGUUUUCCAGCCUUGGUUCUUGCACCGCCAUCUUCUGAGCACGCAAGAGUAAUAGAUGCAACAUCCGCGCCCGGUAACAAGACCUCACACCUGAGCGCGCUCAUGAAAGGGAAGGGCAAGCUGCACGCCUUCGAACGUGAUCGCAAGCGAUUCUCGACGCUGAAGAUGAUGCUUUCCAAGGCGUCGUGCCGUAACGUUGAACCGAUAAACGACGACUUCCUCUCCGUAUCACCAGAGGACCCGCGAUAUGCGGGAGUAACCCACAUUCUCCUCGACCCGUCCUGCAGUGGGUCAGGUAUCGUUAAUAGGCUGGACCAUCUCUUGGAGACCGAGGAGGAUGACGCAGAUGACCGGCAAGAACGUCUCGCGAAGCUCGCGGCUUUCCAGCUCUCCAUGAUCAAACACGCCAUGAAAUUUCCGUCAGCCAAGCGGAUCGUGUAUUCAACGUGCAGCAUGCACGCGACAGAGAACGAGCACGUCGUGCGCGAAGCUCUCCGGAGCGAAGAGGCUGCCAACUCCGGAUUUCGGCUUGCUUCCCGCCAGGACGUGCUCCCGCAGUGGCCGAGACGAGGCCUUCCUCAGGAGAUGGACGACCCGGAGGACGCGGACUCUGUUAUACGCUGUUCGCCUGGGGAGGAUGCCACCAACGGCUUCUUCGUAUCAUGUUUCGUCAAGGAAACCAAGUCCUCCGGCAAGAAGCGUAGCGCGGAGUCCCUAGAGAACGAGCCAUCUGAUUCAAAACCAAAGAAGAAAAAGAAGAAACGACUGCCUCAGCCUCGGAGCGGCUGAGCCCCUCAUAGAUAUUGGCACCGUGGUGGAUCACGACAUGUAUUCUCAGCAGAUCAGUGGCUAUAACAACAUACGGGCAUAAUAGAGAAAGGCUGAAUCUGUAAUCAAACAACUUGGCAAGUGAAUGCAUACGCGUUUCUGUCGGAGUCCGUCAUGACUGAUAGCGGACGCGAGUAUCAGUCAACGGUUUACCGUCGACGUGACGACCUAGAGGCGCGACAUCUGUCUAUCGCAGGUGAGGUGUUUAGCGCAGUUGUCCUUAUUAGCGGAACGAGCAUCGUCAGAAGUCGGUAUAGAGAGGUUAGUGUGUGGGCUGCGCCGCGUAUUGGCCCUGGUAGUACUGGGCGUAUUGGGCAGCGUAGUCGGUACCGCCUGCCUGAGGUUGCUGAUAGUAGUUCUGGUACCCUGCUCCCCAUUGCUGCUGAGCAUCGCCGCCGUAUCCUCCCACGCCGUAUCCUCCAUAGCCUGCCUGCGGAGGGCGAUAUCCCUGGUUCUGUUGCGGCGGCGGGACGGUGCUCUGCCAGUUCUCCGGACGGCGCCAGGGAGGAACGUUGGAUCCGCCAGCGGUGAUGUCGUGCCCGGCGCCUCCGCCUCCCCAGCCAAUUCUGGCCACAUCCCCUCCCCCACCCGACUUGACGCCCCCUUCACCGAGCUCCGCCAUGAGAUUUGCGAAUUCGGAGUCGAAACCGCCUGCGGGGCCACCUGGUCCUCUGCCCGGACCUCCUGGACCGCCCAUGCUUGGUGGCGCGUGCACCGCGUUGGGAUCCCUGUUCACUUGACAGUCGCGAGCCAUGUGGCCCGCGCUGCCGCAGACUCGGCAGAUGAUGUUAGCGGUGAAGUUACGCUGCUCGGGACAGUCGUAUUUGCGAUGGCCGACGUUGCCGCAAUUCUGACAGAUCUGGUUCUCGUCGUCGCGGAGCGUACCGUUAAGGGCGGCCAGCUCACGUAGCUGGUUCCGCUUGUGAUCGUUCUGGCCCUCGGGAGUAGAUGCAGCCGUUUCGAUGACCCUGUUGAUCAUCUUCACGCAGGCUGCCACCUUGCUCUGUUCGUCAGCGGUAACGAGACAGUGGAGAUCCUCCUCAGCAUCUUCAGCGAAUUGCUCGGGUCGAGCUUUACCCUCCUUGACACUGCCUUUGCCUCUGAUACUGAUCUUGGCUCCGCUCUCGCGCUCCAUCUUCUUCAAGCUAUUGCCACGAGGUCCGACGAGGAGACCGAAAAAGUUGAUCUCCGGGAACUCCUUGACCGGGAUGUAGACCUUCUCAGAAGGCCGCUGUGAACGCUUCUGCUGGUGAUAUUCAACAGGGGGGCGGAAGUUAGGAUCGUUCUUGAGAGCUUUCUCGACGAGCCGGACACGUUCGUCCUCGAGCUUUUUACGAUAACGAACUUCGCGAGUGUUUGUCCUACGACCAUGAGCGUCAUAGGUGGGGGGCGGCGAAGGGGAGCGUUCACGCUCAGGGGGGAUGAAAUCGUUCAUGCGUAGCUUGCGGUUGAUUUCCUCCAGGCGGAGAUGAAUAGCAUAGUUGUCGAGCUGCGCCUGCGAAACGCCUUGAGCAUCAAUAGCGGUGGGCAGUCCCGGAAGCUCUGUCUUUUGAUCGCCCCAGCGGCUACGACGCUUGCGGGGUGCGUUAGGGUCAACUGAAGGUCAUCAGUACGUUAGUAUGAGUUAGUCAGUCACUGUAUGAGGCGUAAGGAAGCCGUCCGAGGAUCAGGUCAAUUACGACGAAUCUGAACUUGAACCAUGUCCUGUGCACGGAUAGGACAGGAAAGAGUACGAGACGCUUGUCAGGCGUUGACCACCGGAUCUCGUAACGUACCUGGCGUAGAGCUUUUUUCUCGACCUCUGUCAUGAACAUCUUGGCUUCCAGGAGCCGGACGCGGAGUCGGAUAAGCCGAAGGCGAUGGCUGGGCAAGCUGAGGCGGCGCCGUCUCUUCCGUCGGCGCAGGACCAAAUCGGCGACGACUUCCAAGAGGAAUUUCGUUGGUGCCGGUAACUUGUUCUGUUGCGCGCCUCCACAUUUUCGACGAGGGGGAUGAAGGUGG